AUGGUCAUUCUAUAUAUACUCGCCCCGGUCUAUAGCCAUGUAUUUGCUGGUGGAGUCCGACAUUCUGUGGCUUUGAUAUGGUUAGGGAUGUGGUACAAUAACUGGGGUGGCGCAGACAAGAACCCGGUCAUCCGGAACAUUAUCAAUGGACUGGGAUAUACCUGUUUCGCAUCGGGAGCGAUGGAAGUGGCUCUGGGCGGCUCUUGGGUCUCUCUUCAUCCGCUUGGAUGGUUGGGACAGUGGCUUCUUGUCAUCAUUGGGGUUAUUUUCUCCACCGUCCAAUUGCAGGACAUGUCCGAUCAGCCUGGCGAUGCUAAACGCGGUCGGCGAACGGUGCCCCUGGUGUGGGGUGAUACUGCGGCACGCUGGACUAUUGCUCUACCCAUGCUCUGUUGGGGAAUAGGGUGUCCAAUGUUCUGGGGUGUUUCAUGGCUUUGGUUUGCCAUCAGCAUAACAUUAGCUUCGCUGGUGGCCUUGAGGACUCUGAUGGUUCGUUCUGUUCAAGGGGAUAAACAGACUUUUCGUCUUUGGAACUGUUGGAUUGCGAUCACAUAUAUGCUGCCGUUAUUUUCUGAAGGGGGAUCUCUUCAGGGCAGACUUUCAAGUCAUGUUGGGUAA